GGCUUUCCUUUUUGUAACCUUUGCUUCUUGUACAUUGCCUCUUCUCCUCUCCCCGUAUGGCACACACUUCGCCCGCAGUCAACCUUGUCUGGUCCAUAUUGACCACCCUCCUCGCGAGCUUUCUCGUCUUCCAUCUCUGGUCCUUUGACCGCUUCAAAUGCCUCAAAUGGAAUAACGGGCCCUACAGCGGCGCCUUCAAGCGCAUCAUGACCUACUCGUACAUAGCGACACUGCCGCUUCUAAUGGUGUAUGCACUCGGGUUCACCAUCAUCAAGUACAAGUACGGCUAUACGUAUCUCCCGGGCUAUGGCGUUAUCCCAACACCGUUUGAACUCUGGAGCGACUCCUCCAAGAACGCCAUCAUCCCGCUCUACCUCUGCUUCUCGAUCGGAUGGGGCCUCGAGAUGGUCACCCACCUCGAAGAGCUCUGCUUCUGGCUGUUCCUGCUCAACGCAGGCUCCGUCGGCCAAGACUGGUUCCGCUCGCUCUACUUCCGCACGUGGGCGGUCGGCUCCGUCGUCGCGGUGCUCUACAUGCCGCUCGUGACGAUCUUCACGCGCGGGGACUAUCUCAAGUGCGAGGCGUACACGUUCCUCGCGGGGAGUAUCGGCUCGUUUGCACUCACGGUGUGGUUUUUGCCGAUUUUGUGGGCGUUUCCCGCGUUUUUGGAUAGUUUGAGGCGCGAGAGUGUGGACACGAAUACGGUGGUUAGGUUGACAAAGUUUCAUGAGUUGAACUGCAUCCGCGUUUUCUUCCGGUUUCUGUUUACAGUCCCGUUCAUCAUCCUCGGGAUUGACGGUGUUCGACCGCAUCAGCACAUCAACGAUAACAUGUUCGCGACUGAUUUUUUGGCUAUGAUCGCCGGUGUAGGAUGUUCCGUGUCGUCUGCCUUGACCCUUGUCAUCUUCUUCCCCCGCUCGAUCGAAAGCGAAAUCGCAAACAAAGACCGCCGCCGCGGCACAUCGACACAGGACAUGAUCCAGACGCAGCAAACCGCGACCCGGCAGGGUGGCGGUGGCGGGGGGCCCGGGCGCUCGUUUGCGCUGCACUCCCUCGGCGCGGGCGACGCGCUUUCUCCGGACGCGGACGGCGAGGAGGAGGACGACAGGGACGAUCUCUCCGAGCCGUACGAGCGGGCGCCGUCUGCUGCGUUCCGAAACAACCCCACGCCGCCUGCACUCGUGCGCUCGCCGUUCAGUAACCCGGCCGUCAGUGCUGGCACUGGUACCGUAGCGGGUGCGGGUGCAACGCGCCAGGGCUCGGGUGGAGCGUUCCCCGCCGCGCGCCGCGACUCGGGGCUGCCGCCGUAUUCCGACUCUGCGCUGCACGCGUCGUCGCCUGCUGGUGUCGCGCAUCCGCAGCAGCAACAGCAACCACAGCAGCAGCCAUCGUCGAUCACGUGGAACAACGGUAAACAGGGCCUGGAAUACGUCGACGAGGAGGAGGACGCGGAGUCGACGUCCAAGCGCCCGCUACCGAAUGUCCCGGCCGCGGUGGCGAAGGAGGAGGAGGCGAGUGCGGGCGGCGCGCGGCUGGUGCCGAAUAGGCGGACAACGAGGGGGGACGUUGAGAUGGGCAGGGUGCUGUUGACGCGGGAGAAUCUGGCGUGGCAUAAUGCGGCUCAGAGGAAUUCGAUGUCGGGAGGGAGGGGCGGAGGGGUGAAUAGGCUUGUGCAUGGGUUUAGGUCGCCGAUUGAUUUGAUGGACACGCGUUACCCGUGAUCGAUUUUCUCAUUUUUCGCUGGUGGAUGCUGGGUCUUCGCGAGGUGGAGGUGUGUUUAAUGGGUGAAAAGGGCAUGAGAGUUUUCUGGAUUCUCGGGCGAGUAUGGACAAUCGACCGUGUCCGGCGACAUGGAUGUACGUCCGACUUAUGGGUGCCACCACGUCCAGGUACGGUUCUAUGUCGUUCAAGCUGGCUACCUGCGUGCUGUUGUUCCUUCGUCGCGCAUGGGACGUUCUUCUCCCCGAGCAUCUGGUACGCACCGUAAGAGGUGUUAAUGCUUUUAUACAAGUCUGCCCCCGUUUACUGUUGCCACGAACUGGUGCUUCGCCAUGGCUUUUUAUCUUCGUUGCUUACUUACUGGUUGGUCUGCCUCCUCUUUACACAUUUACUACGAUAUUUAUUUACCAAGGGAGGGUCGUCUG